GUCAGAAGAAAAAGAUGCUCUACCGGGCGCCUCAGGUCUGCUGAAUUGCGUGAGAUAAGCUGAAAGGACUCAACUUGUCUUUUGAUACUCACAGACUCAAAACAGGAUCCCACGGCAAAAUGCGGGACCAUCUGGAGAGAUUGCAGACCAUUAGUGAAGAACAGGAGGACUACGAUCCAGAGUUUUGUGGACCUGAGUAUGAUGUAGACAAGGUGACUCUGUCCCAGCAGGCAAUUAUAUUUGAGAACUCCUCAGCUAUUGAUGAUGUCCUGAGUGAGGCCCACUCCAUACGCAAGGAGAUUUCCAUGCUUUCCUUGGAGGUGAAGCGUCUGAGUGGACACAAUGACCGUUAUCGCACCUCUACAAGCCGCCUCACACUUUUGAAGAGGGACUCAGACUGCAUCGCCAGAGCGAUCCAGAAACGUGGGGAGUCUCUGCAUGCCCGUCUGGAGGCCCUGGGUAAGGAGAAAAGCCAGUUGGAGGAGAAAGAAGGCACCAGUUCUGCAGUUAGCCGUAUUGCGCGCCUUCAGUAUGACACCCUGAAUCAUGACUUCCGGGCUGCCAUGUGUGCCUACAGUGAGGCUGAGGAGAAGCAGAAAAUUACGUGCAGGAACAGGAUCCAAAGGCAGGCUUCCAUCAUGGGGAAUAACAUCAGUGACAAGCAGCUGGAUGUGUUGGUGGAUAAAGGUGGCGAGGGCUGGACGGAGCUUUCCCAGAGCCUUAACUCACAAAGGUCAUGCCGUUUAGCCCUGUGCGACAUCAGAACCAGACACAAGGAGCUGGUGGACUUAGAGGCAAGGCUGAAGGACAUCCAUGAGCUGUUCCUGCAAAUGGCCAUACUGGUGGAGGAGCAGGGAUCUAUUCUUAAUAACGUUGAAUAUAACGUGUGCAACAGUCAGGAAUAUGUUGAUAAAUUCAACUAUCACAUCAAGCGGGCCGUACAGUAUAAGAGGAAAAACCCUCUUUUGCACUGUUGCCCCUGUCUUCCCUGCUGGAGGAACUAAACUAUUUAGGACUUGGUUGACAGCAUGCAAUUAUGAGUGAUUGAAAAAAAUAUAUGUAAACAUGAUGCCAAACGGAUAUGUAACUGAAAAAUAAUGUGCAAUAUGCUUACUUUUAUGAAUAUGAUAGCCUUUACUAUCAGCUAGUUAUCCCCUGAGAAGCUUUCUGUAUUAUUCUGAAGUGCAAAGCUGAUAAUUGUUUAAAGUUUGGAUUCGCAGGCUUUUAAAAAAUGUAUUUAUGCUAUGUACAUUAUGUUAUGAUCACAGAAUUAGCGUAUAUGUAUAUAAGAUGAGUAAACUCUUUAAAGAAGAAUGUUUAAGUCAAAACUUUCAUUGUAAACUGUUAACUGAUGUCUAAUAAAUGCUGCUGUAAUGAUGUAUUUGGCAAAACUUUAUUACUUGAGCACUGGCUUGAGUCUGUGGGAAAGCAGUUCACAUGUUAAGAAAUUUGUGAGAAUGGGGCGUCAUGAGAAGAAGAUGGAGGGAUGAAAUGAGAAUUUAAAAACUGCAGCUAGAUCGUGCUAAAUUAAAAGCAUUUGUUUGCCCAUGUGCAAGUAUGGUCAGAACCA